GGUGAGUGAGUCUCAUCAUCUAUCUCAUGUACUCGCUUCGCGUUGUUCGAUUCCCUUAUUUUUGUUUGCUUUUUUGAGUUCGAUUCGAUCUUCGUUCUUUACUCGAAAUCUCUCUCAGCCAUCAAUGACGAUCGGUUCUGGAGGAUCAAGCAUCGUCGUUCCUCGAAACUUCAGAUUGCUGGAGGAACUUGAACGUGGGGAGAAGGGUAUUGGAGAUGGUUCUGUUAGCUAUGGAAUGGAUGAUGCUGAUGACAUUUUCAUGCGCUCUUGGACUGGUACCAUAAUUGGUCCCCACAAUACUGUACAUGAAGGUCGCAUUUAUCAAUUGAAGCUGUUCUGUGACAAAGAUUACCCUGACAAACCUCCAAGCGUUCGUUUCCAUUCCCGAAUUAACAUGACCUGUGUGAAUUCCGAGACUGGAGUGGUUGAGGCAAAGAAGUUCACUAUGUUGGCGAAUUGGCAACGGGAGUACACCAUGGAAGUCAUACUGGCGCAGCUGCGGAAAGGUAUGGCGGCCUCACAGAACCGAAAGCUUGUUCAGCCUCCAGAAGGUACCUAUUUCUAAGUUUGGUAUGAACCUCCUCCUAACGCUGUGUUUGGUUGGGAGAUUUGGAAAAGGAAAGGAAAAAUGUAGGUGAAAUGUGAAUAUUUCGCAAAAUUCCUUUUCAAAUCCCCCAACCAAACACGGAAAAGGUAGGUGAAAUGUGAAUAUUUCACCAAAUUCCUUUUCAAAUCCCCCAACCAAACACAGCCUAAAGGUACCUCUGUUCUACCAAAAAUCUGAGAAUGUUGUAGACUGAAUUUCUCACAUAGCCAAUACAUAGUUUCUAAAUUGUUGAGUCAGAACUUUGUGAAUGGGAUUGUUCAGUUUUAUUAAUCGUGCAUCGUAGUUAUAAAGACUGGUGUGAAACUUUGUUUAAUCUUCAAUUCCAUGUUCUUUAGUUUAUGAAA